UGAGAGCUUGGGGGGUGGGUGGAGGGUAGGGAAGUUUCCAGAGGCAGAUAGAGGGGAGGUUAUAAAGGGGCUACCGACGAUCGUCUGGCAGAAUCAUGCAGUCUAAGCGGGAGUGUGAGCUCUGGUGCGAGAGAGUGAAUCCAGAGAACAAGGCGGCGCUGGAGGCGUGGGUCAGGGAGACGGGCAUCCGCCUGGUGCAGGUGAACGGGCAGAGGAAGUAUGGCGGGCCACCCCCAGGCUGGGUGGGCAGCCCGCCGCCGGCCGGGUCAGAAGUGUUUAUCGGGCGGCUGCCGCAGGACGUGUACGAACACCAGCUGAUCCCGCUGUUCCAGCGCGUGGGCCGCCUCUACGAGUUCCGCCUGAUGAUGACUUUCAGCGGCCUGAAUCGCGGCUUCGCGUACGCCCGGUACAGCUCGCGGCGCGGCGCGCAGGCCGCCAUCGCCACGCUGCAUAACCACCCGCUGCGGCCCUCCUGCCCGCUGCUGGUCUGCCGCAGCACCGAGAAGUGCGAGCUGUGUGUGGACGGGCUGCCGCCGGGUCUGAGCCGCAGCGCGCUGCUGUUCGCGCUGCAGCCGCUGAGUUCCGGCCUGCAGGAGGCGCUGCUGUUGCCCAGCCCCGGGCCAG